AAAAAACACCAGAGAGAGGGGUAGGAGGGAAGUCUCUCCAAGGAGGAGGCCUUCCCUUGACUUUGUCUCCUCUGUCGUCCAUCAUGUUGAUGGGGUUCACGCGCUAAAUUCCUUUUCUUAUCGUCUUCUUCACCAUUUCCCCUUAAAUCACCACUCCAUCUUCUAAAUAUUUCUGUGUAUAACCAAUUUCUCAAACUCAACCCCAUUCAAUUUCAUUUUGUUUGUUGAAAUUUUUUUCACAGCUUGAACAGGUUUGUUUCUCGUAUUUGUCGAUAUUUUCAACCUCAAUUGGCUUCCAAGAUCCGGGUCUCUUAAGUUCGUCUUGUAGUCUUGAAUCCUUGACGAAACUCCCACGUUUUAUUCUCUUGAUUUCUUUGCGUUUUGAAUAUUAAAGAUCUGGUUUUGAUCGAUCUUCACCUUUAAUUUGCUCAAAUUUGAAGACCCAUUUCGUCUAAAGAUCGAGGGAGGCUGGGAAUUGAAGUUUUGGCUGGUAAGAAGUCGAAGCUUUAUUCUCUUGAUAGAUCUUGACACAUAUCGUGGUUGAUCUAGGGCUUGAUUGAUUUUGUCCAAGAGUUGAAAAUUGAAGCUUUAGUUCAUGGGAAAUUGUUGUGUGGUACCAGCUGUUUCUUCAGAGAAGAAAAAGGGUAAACAUAAACCAAACCCAUUUUCUAUUGACUACGGUCAUGUAUCUGGAAAUGGUGAACGCAAGUCCUGUGUGUUGGAUAGCCCAACUGGUCACGAGAUCGAGCAGACAUACGAACUGGGUCGUGAGCUCGGUCGUGGUGAAUUUGGGGUUACAUAUCUAUGUACAGAUAAAUCUUCAGGAGCAGUGUUUGCUUGUAAAUCCAUAUCUAAGAAGAAGCUGAGGACUCGGGUGGAUAUAGAGGAUGUCAGGAGAGAAGUUGAGAUCAUGAAGCAUUUGCCUAAGCAUCCUAAUAUUGUGACCUUGAAGGACACUUAUGAAGACGACAAUGCGGUCCAUUUGGUGAUGGAGCUGUGCGAGGGAGGUGAAUUGUUUGAUCGGAUUGUUGCCAGAGGGCAUUACACUGAACGUGCAGCAUCAGCUGUGACCCGAACAAUCGUCGAAGUUAUUCAGAUGUGCCACAAGCACGGAGUGAUGCAUCGUGAUCUCAAACCUGAGAACUUUUUGUUUGCAAACAAGAAGGAAACAGCCCCAUUAAAGGCAAUUGAUUUUGGCUUGUCAGUGUUCUUUAAACCUGGUGAGAAAUUUAAUGAGAUUGUAGGAAGUCCUUACUACAUGGCUCCUGAGGUUCUAAAACGAAAUUAUGGUCCAGAAGUGGAUGUCUGGAGUGCUGGAGUAAUCCUCUACAUCUUACUUUGUGGUGUCCCUCCAUUUUGGGCAGAAACUGAACAAGGAGUUGCUCAAGCAAUCAUUCGGUCCGUUGUAGACUUUAAGAGGGACCCUUGGCCUAAAGUUUCAGAAAAUGCAAAAGACCUUGUGAAGAAGAUGCUCAACCCUGAUCCGAAACAGCGCCUUACUGCUCAGGAAGUGUUAGGUCAUCCUUGGUUGCAAAAUGCCAGUAAGAAUUCAAAUGUCUCGUUAGGUGAAACUGUGAAAGCAAGGCUCAAGCAAUUUUCUGUAAUGAACAAGCUCAAGAAAAGAGCUCUUAGGGUGAUCGCUGAGCAUUUAUCGGUAGAGGAAGUGGCAGGCAUAAAGGAGGGAUUCAAAUUGAUGGAUACCAGCAACAAGGGGAAGAUCAAUAUUGAUGAACUGAGAGUCGGGUUGCACAAGCUUGGCCAUCAGAUCCCUGACACGGAUAUUCAGAUUCUUAUGGAAGCUGGUGAUGUAGACAGAGAUGGAUAUUUGAAUUAUGGGGAGUUUGUGGCAAUUUCUGUUCACCUAAGAAAGAUGGGAAAUGAUGAUAACCACCUCCGCAAAGCCUUUGACUUCUUUGAUCAAAACCAAAAUGGAUAUAUAGAGAUCGAAGAGCUAAGGGAGGCCUUAGCUGAUGAAGUUGAUACCAACAAUGAAGAAGUCAUUAAUGCCAUUAUUCAAGAUGUGGACACGGACAAGGAUGGCCGCAUAAGUUAUGAUGAGUUUGCGGCAAUGAUGAAGGCCGGCACUGAUUGGAGAAAAGCAUCAAGACAAUAUUCAAGAGAACGGUAUAAUACUCUCAGCUUGAAAUUGAUGAAGGAUGGAUCAUUGCACGCGAAAUAGGGUAUAGAUAACUCAAGGAAUUACAGUCUCUUGUUUAUUUUGGCUUUGACAAUUCCUCUUUUUUUUUUUUUUGGUUACCCUUUUUUUGUAAUUUUUCCCUUCAUUUUUUUAUCCUUGCCAGACCCUUUUCCGAAUAUGAGGAUUCGGGUCUUGGUUGUUGAAAAUCAUUCUGAAUUCCCAUAUGUUGUUUUUGUUUGUCUGGAUAGAGUUGCAGAAGUGUGGUGAAAGUUGGGGAGAGGUGGUUAUUUGUGGGUUAUUGUGAUUGUAAAUAUGUUGGCAAAUACUUUAAUUAAAGAGUCAUGAUGUGGAUUUUAUUA